CUUGCAGUGUGUUCAUAUAGCAGCUGUAAUGCAUGCCCCCCCUCCCCCCCCCCCCCCCCCCUCCUCCUCCUCUUCCUCGUCCUCUGCAGGGCAGUUAGCCGCAUUAGCUCCCUGGCUGUCCUCAGAUGACUCCUCCUCUCUUCCUCUUCCUCCUCCUCCUCCUCGGCUGUCUGCUGUGUCCCCCCCCCCUCCUCUCCCCCCUCCCCCCUCCCUCCCGCGACACACCAGACGAUGCGUUGACUGAGCGGAGGAGAAAAACCUCUCCCAGUCAGCCAGCCGUCCUGCCGCUGCAUGGAGGAGAAGCAGAGGAGGAAGAGGAGCAGCAGAGAGGAGCUCCAUCCUGAUGGUCUUCAGACUCCUCCCCCCUCGCUCUGACUCAACACUCUGACCUCUGACCUUUUGCCCAUCGUCAUGGUCCUGAAGCGCUCUGCAGGUGACAUCUGCACCCUCCCUGACACUUAGACCCCCUCAGGACCAUCUCAGCCUCUUCCUGCCCCCCCCCCCCCCCCCCCCCUCUGGACGUCCACCAUGUCGGAGGGUCUGCUGCAGGUGGAGAUCCCAGACUUCGGCAGCAGCGUGCUGGGCAGCCUGAACGAGCAGAGGCUCAUGGGACAUUACUGCGACGUGUCCAUCCUGGUGCAGGGUCAGGCCUUUAAGGCGCACCGGGCCGUCCUCGCCGCCUCCUCACUUUACUUCAGAGACCUGUUCAGCUCCGCCGCCGAGCCCUCCUCCUCCUCGUCCUCCUCCUCCUCCUCCUCGUCUUCCUCCUUGUCCCAGGCGGUGUUCGAGCUGCCGUCCUCGGUGACGCCCACGUGUUUCCAGCAGAUCCUGUCCUUCUGCUACACGGGCCGCCUCAGCAUGGCGGCCAGCGAGCAGCUGGUGCUGAUGUACACGGCCGGGUACCUGCAGAUCCAGAACAUCGUGGAGCGAGGGAUGGAGCUGAUGAUGAUGAAGGCCUCCUCCUCCUCCUCACCGCUCUGCUGCGACUCCCAGACAACGUCAGCAGAUGAGCUGGGUAACUUCGACCCCCCCCUGGUGCAGCAGCAGCAGCACAGCGUCCCCCAGCUGCAGGAGGCCAGUCCUGACCAGCCCGCCCUCAGCCCCGAGGAGCUGCUGCUCGCCGUUAGUCGCAUCAAGCAGGAAAGAGCCGACACCCCCCCGGCCGAGGAGCAGGGAGGAGCGACGGGAGCGGGAGAGGAGGCCAGAGUCGACGUGUCCGGUGACCUCCAGACCUCCAGGAACAGCGCGCUGUGUUACCUGGGCACCGGCGGAGGUCUGGUCCCUGGACUGCAGUCCUAUCUGCUAGCAGGCGGGGGGCGCUCCAGCCCAGGGGGCUCCAGCCUUCCCACUGACUCCCCUCCCUCUCACCCCCCCACGGAGGAGGAGUUGGAGGAGGACUACUACGGUAACGCCGUUCAUGCUGGACUGUACCAACACAUCUAUGGACACCCCGGAAACCCCUACAUCCAGGAGAAGCUGGAGAUGCUGCCCCUCCCACUAGCCAAUGAGCGCCGGCCUUGUGUGCUGGUUGGUCGGGACAACAUGGCCCUUCCCGCCAGCCUCAUCAGUCAGAUCGGGUAUCGCUGCCACCCGUCGCUCUACACCGAAGGCGACCCCGGAGAGAAGGUGGAGCUGGUGGUGGGCUCAGGUGUGUUCAUGACGCGGGGUCAGCUGAUGAACUGUCACCUGUGUGCCGGCGUCAAACACAAGGUGCUUCUCAGGAGACUGCUGGCGACAUUCUUUGACAGAAACACUCUGGCCAAUAGCUGCGGGACAGGGAUCCGCUCCUCCACCAAUGAUCCGAGCCGAAAGCCGCUGGACAACCGAGUGUUAAACACGGUCAAACUUUACUGUCAGAACUUUGCUCCAAACUUUAAGGAGAGUGAGAUGAACGUCAUCGCAGCUGACAUGUGCACUAACGCCAGGCGGGUCCGCAAACGCUGGCUCCCAAAAAUCCAGUCCCUCCUCCCCGACGGGCUCCCCGCUAACACCUCCUCCACCUCCCCCCACCCCCGCAAGGGGAAGAGGAGCGGGGUCAGCGGAGGAGGUCCAGGUGGGGAGGCGGCGGCAGGGCAGCCCGGCAGCCCCUUUGAGCUGGACCUGCGACAGCUCAGCGCCUCCUACCUCAGCCUGGAGGCUCCGCCCAUUUACGCUGAGCGACGGGAGGCCGACAAGGAGAAGGAGAAGGAGAAGGAGAGAGAGGCUCCGGCCGCCCUCCUGCCUCACCUGCAGUUCGCCGGAUCACGUGGAGGAGGAGGAGGAACAGGGGGAGGAGCAGGGGGAGGGGGAGGAGGCAUCCAGGCGGAGGAGGGGCUAAUGGGAAACGAGGCCGACGGGGGAGGGCGGCUACAGACUGAGCAACCUCCAGACCUCCCCCACUCCCUCACCUCUUCCUCCUCCUCCUCCUCCUCCUCCUCCCACCCCUCCCCUCAGCCUGCAGAGCCCGCCCCCACCCAUAGGGGAUUGGCCGACAUGGAUGAGAGGGGGGCGGAGCCUCUGGAAGACAGCCAAUAAGCUUUCUCUCGCAUCUGCCUACCUGUAUGUAAAUAACACAAUAGCUACCUGUCCCCAGUCUGUCCGUCUGUCCUUCUGUCUGUCUGUCUGUCCGUCCGUCCCACCUGUCCGUCUGACUUCUGACCUCACUACCUGUCCACCUGUCUACCUCUACACCCUCCGCCCGUCUGUCCACCCGUCUGUCCGUCUGUCUGGCUCGGCUCUGCUGCAUGUGAACCAGCACACAGGCCCAUAGCAACAGGACUGAUGAUGAAGAUGAUGAAGAUGAAGUCCACUCUGAUGAUGACAAUAAAGCUUCUUGAUAAUCAGA